CAUCAAAGGACUACACCAACUUGAACCACAAUAAUGGCAGAUUUUGUGAUGAAACCCUUCAAUCCCAGCUCCCAGACGCUGAAAAUGAAACCAACAUGUCAUUUCUCAGCAAGAGUUAAAAAGGUCAAAAACCGUCUGACGGAGUACAGGCAUGACAUUAUACAUACAUUAUUAUCAUCGCUACAAGAAUCCAUGAAAUUACAGCAAAAAUUUCAAGAUGCUUUGCUAGAGUAUGACGUCGAAGUCGUGUCGGUGAGCGAGGAUAUACAGGAAACAUUCGACUAUAUAAGGAGGAAAAGCAACGCCGGGGGCAACGUUCUCGCUCAUGUCCGUCUGGAAGUUGAAACAAGAGAUCGCCGCCUUAGGCUCACGAGUAAAAAUAACCAUUUGCUGGAAGAGGAUUUUCCUUGUGAAGUCCUAUUUGAUAUUCAAGAGGCAGGUGUUACAUUGGAUGAAACAGUUUCUGCGAGACUUACAGAAUUUCAGCCACUUGCCAUAACAAAACAACGAAGUGAAGUGAUCAACAGUUGGUUAGAGAAAUAUCAAGAAGCUCUACGGGACAUCAACGUUGUGUGCCAAAACAAAAACAAAAUAAGCGAAAUCGUUAGUAGCCUAAUCAAACAGCAUGUUACUGAAGAUGAUUUAAUGAAUUGCUUAAAUUUCGGAAAAGACGUUUUUUCAAUGAAACAGCAAAACGGCAAAACCGUAGAAAACUGUGUUGAUGAAAUCAUUCGCAAGUUCUCUCAAAUCAUUGGUGAAAAGUUAUCGCAAAAAAUGAAUGAAUUGAUCUGCGAUAAGGUGGACAAAGUGGUGAUAUGUAAGCAGAUGAUAUUUCGCAUGGAAGAUAAAUAUGGACGUGAAUUCUGUGACAGAAUCAUCAAAAUGAUCAAAGUAAAAAAAUAUUUUAAAAACACAAAUUGGGGAGACAGCCGUGAGGACAUUGCGUCAACGUUGCCCUCAAUAUUGAAAGCAAUUGAUGCAGAUAUCAAAGCAAUGCUUACUGAGUCGAUGCACAAUUUGCAUAUGUACAUCAAAAGCGUUUUAGAAGAAGAGAUCAUAAUUGUUCAGGAGGAGAAACUUCUCAUUCCGGACGUCGUGGAAAACCAUCAACGUCGCAAAUUGACAUCUGUUUGUUGCGGUUCGAUGGAUUCAACCAGAUGUUCCAUAGGAUUCCGAGCAGAAAGCUUUGACAAAAUCCACGUCACAAUCCAUCGAGAUAUUGAUGCAGCUCUUGACAGAAAAACAGUGGAAACAGCUACUUGGGAAACACGAUACGUUGAUGAGUAUAUUCACGACAACUGUCUGAAAAUGAAAACUGAAGAAAAAAGACGACUGUACAAACUCGUGAACAAAUACUCCGAAGAUCUGAUGAAGAAGCACUCUAACCUCUACAGGAUCGGAAUAAGUCCUGUUCUAUCGCGAAAGAGCGGUAUUGUAGAAAUGCCAUGUAUCGUGAUGUACUGUUCCUGCAAAGGAAUAAUACCUCAGGACGAACAAACAUUUCGCAGGAAAAUAGAAAACACGUUUGUCGACGUUCGAGAAGGAUACUUCUCCCUUUUCAGCACUCAAGGUGCACGAGAAUACAACGAUCCUCUGCGGAUCGGUAUAAGCAUUGGAGGCAAAGGUAUACCCGAUGCUGGAACUUUGGGUCCAUUUGUAGUUGAAGCUGAAAAUAAAUCUUCAAUGGGUUUUCUAACAUGUCAACAUGUUUUACAUUCACCUAAAGUCGGUAGUCAGGUAGUUCAACCUUCCCUUUUACACGACAAGGCAGAUAAUACAACAUGUGGUAAAAUCAUAUCCACGUGUUUGGAAGAUAUACAAUACAAAGAAAAACUCACAAGCAUUGAUGUUGCUUAUGUUGUCAUCAAUCAACGGAUACCGAAAGAAUUAAUAACCCCAGAAAGAUUGAUAAAUGACUUCGGAGGAAUUCUUUCAAUGGGGGAACCGAUCAUGCAAAUGGAAGAGGAUACCAUGGUCUAUAAACUAGGCUUCGCAUCAGGGCUUACAGCAGGGUGCCUUGAAACAAUGAUGGACGUAGUGAAAUGGGGAGUAAUGAAGAAAGAAGAACGUCACAAUUUAUAUCUGAUAUUGAGCGAUACAGAGUUUGCUACACAUGGUGACUCCGGUUCUGCUGUGUUCGCAGUGAGAGACAUGGCUAUACGUGUCAUUGGAGUAUUGUUGGGCGGGUCUGACAACAAAAAAGAAUGCUACGUGAUGCCGAUUGGCGCAGUGUUACAGGCGUUACAGGCUGUGGGGCCACGACUAGAAAUUCAUCAAUUCAAUUAUGAAACUGGAAGUGGUGUUCACGACUCUGGUGGUGAUCCUCCAGGUGAUAACGCUAGUAGUUCUCUGUCAGGUGUUGGUGCUGAAGCUGGAUGCGCAGGUGGAGACGAUUGUCCAGUACUUUCUAGAACUGUGGCGGAAUUCGCUUCUUCCAAGUAGGGCGGAUCGAUUUAAUGUUAUCAUGUCUUGACAGCCAUACUGAACGGUGCGUUCGUCAUACAAUCUAUGAACUCGCCAUUGACCACACUUUACGCAGUUCAGUGGAACACUGGUAAAGGAGGUUGCGAUACAAUGGUAAUUUUAUCUGAAUCUGGAUUUAGAAUAUAAAUUCAAAUCAUGUUUAGUCUCCGUUGAGGUGAGGUUUAUAUUUGAAAUUUAAACACUUCAAAAUGUUUUGAACAUCAUCCAAUGACAAUGAUCGAACUGAUUCCUUCGCUAAUAAAAUUAUAUAAAGUGAAUCUGUGAUGAAUGCUCUACCCGUCCAUUGUAGUAUGGUGCCGUGACUAGGAUCGCGGUGUUGGUUCUUUGUUGUCUUUGAAUUAUUGCUCGUUUCGUUAAAGGAUCCCCUGUACCAAAAACUGUAACUUAGUGUUGGAA